AUGAUAUUAGGGGCCUGCUCGUUUCCUCUCACCAGACCCGACCUCUGCAAGAAGUGGGAAGCAGCGGUGAAAAGGAAAAACUUCAAGCCGACCAAGUACAGCAGCAUCUGCUCGGAGCACUUUACUCCCGACUGCUUUAAAAGAGAGUGCAACAACAAGCUUCUGAAGGAAAAUGCUGUGCCCACAAUAUUUUGUUACACUGAGCCCAGUGAAAAGCCUGAAGAGUUUGUAGAGCAACCAGAGGAUCCACUACCACCACCUCCACCGCCACCUCCACCACCACCACCGCCACCACCACCAGCAGCAACUCCUGUACUGCCGCCAUCUCCAUCAACUCCUUCCUUUCAUUUAUCUCAAAUAGAUGCAAGAUUUGUGGAUCCAAGUAUUGGAUUAUUGAUGCCUCCUCUGCAGACACCCAGCAAUCUUGCUGUUUUUUGUGAUCACAACUAUACCGUAGAGGAUACAGUUCAUCAGCGAAAAAGAAUUCAGCAACUGGAGGAACAAGUUGAAAAAUUGCGAAAGAAGCUCAAGACUGCGCAACAGCGGUGCCGGCGCCAGGAAAGACAAAUUGAAAAACUGCGAGAAAUUGUUCAGUUUCAGAAAGAAAAAGACAUAUUGGCAGGCAAAGGCUAUGUUAUUCUGCCGAAUGACUAUUUUGAAGUUGUGGAAGUACCUGCCUAAACGUCAGAAACAUCUGCCUUCACUUCGCUAGGCCAAGAAGUUUAGUAUAAAAACUAAAUGCUCUCUAAUUCUGUGUGUAAGGCUUCCAAUAAUUCUAAAUCAAUAAAGAAGGUGUCAUACAAAUGAGAUCACAUUUUAUUUUUCUUCAUUAUCAUUUCAGUUUGAUGCUUUUUUAAUACAUUGCAAAUGCAAGCAUCUCAGAAUUAGAAUGCAUUUAGUUUAUGAAAGCUGAUUGCUUUACAGAAGAAAAGGAUGCAGGGUUAAAUACAUUUAAAAUGUGUAAGAUCUUUUCACAGUGGCUGUUGCGUGCUUACAGGGGGACAGGGAAUUGAAUCUGUCUGGGAAUGAAUCAAGUCCAUGUUUGCGGUACACUUAAGGGCAAAGCUUUGUCAAGGCAGUUAGCAUUGGCUUGUUUGAUCCCCAAGAAAUAAUCUUCAUUGUUUGCAGAAGAAGCAGAG